AUGUUGAAGGUUUUUGAUUUGCAGGGUAUUAGAAGACGUUCUGUUGUUUCUGUUAGAAAGGUUUUGACUAUUUUUAGGAGAUUUGUUGGGGAACGGUUGAAGUUGAGAGAAGGUAGUGGUUCUAUUGGAAAUGAUGAUGUGCUUGAUGCUUUGCUUAAUAUUUCUUUGGAGGAUGGGAAAAUUGAGAUGGAUAAAGAUGAGAUUGAACAUUUGUUGCUGAACAUAUUUGUUGCAGGAACAGACACAAGCACGUACACACUAGAAUGGGCAAUGGCAGAGUUAAUGCACAAUCCAGAAAUCAUGUCAAAAGUACAAAAUGAACUCGAACAAGUUGUUGGCAAAGGUAUUUCAGUCGAAGAAACAGACAUAGCCAAAUUACCAUACAUGCAAGCAGUUAUAAAAGAGACGUUUCGUGUACAUCCACCAGUUCCGUUAUUACUACCUCGCAAAGCAGAAACAGAUGUUGAAAUUGGUGACUACAUUAUUCCAAAAGAUGCACAAGUUUUGGUUAAUGCUUGGGUUAUUGGCAGAGAUCCAAGUAAAUGGGAGAAUCCUAAUGUUUUUGUGCCGGAGAGAUUUUUCAAUAGUGAGAUUGAUUUUAAAGGACAACAUUUUGAGCUUAUUCCAUUUGGGUCUGGUAGAAGAAUUUGUCCUGGUUUGCCUUUGGCUAUUAGAAUGUUGCCUUUGAUGUUGGGAUCUUUGGUUAAUUGCUUUGAUUGGAGACUUGAAGAUGGAUUGAAUGUUGAUGAUUUGAAUAAGGAAGAUGAGUAUGGGAUUACCUUGGAAAAAUCUCAACCUGUGAGAAUUGUUCCAAUCAAAUUGAGUAAGCAAUAA